GCACAAAACUCUUCUAUUCCAUAUAGGUAGCUUAUGGCCUCCACGGUCUUUACGUCCCAGGCUCAAAUCAGGUUUUACUCCUCAUAUCACUGUUUUACGAGAGCCAAAAGUACCCUAUCGCAUUGACCAGACUACAUACUCUCCUGUCUGCGCUCCUAGUUCAUAAUCACCCACCACCGAUAAGCUCUGCGCAGCAUUUCCCCCUGCAAUUCGCAGUGCGCCGCCAUGGUAGCCUCACUACCCAUCUUCUUCCCUCUAUCCAGAAUGUCGAUCCGGUUUCCAUCAUCAUUGUCAUCGUCAUCUUAUAUAUACGCAGUCUUGUCCGCGCUCGUGUUCUUUGCGUCUUGCACUUCUGCUACUACACCCACGUCCUUUUGCAAAUGCACCUGCUUCAACACGAACAGCACAAUCAUCCCUCUGACGCCGCCGAGCGAUGGCAACCCCGGAGCGGCAGCGACGACGUGCGCGGAUUGCAAUCGCUCGUUUUGUCUCGAGUAUAGACUGCCGAUAUGUAAAGGGGCACGGGAGGAGGAUAUAUUCACGACGUGUUUUCAACGAGAUAGUCGCAAAGACGAGGCGUUUGUGUUUAUAUUCAUCUUUGCAACAGCGGGGUUACUACUCUGGGCGCUGCUGAGGCCGUGGGUCGGUAAUUGGGUGCAGGCUGCGAAGGAAAGGAGCAGAUAUGUUCCGGUUGAGGCAGAGGGCGACUCAUAAAUGUGAAGAGAGAGAGAAUUUUCAAAGUAUAUACCCAAGGUUGUUUUGUUAUGUAUGGAGUUCAUGGUUAGAGACUCUGGGACAUCGAAUCGAUUACGUUACAACUUUCGCACUCCUGUCUGAAUGGUAUUGUCACAAUAAUUCGAGAGAUUUCAUAUGGAAAGAUGUGAAAAUGAUAAUAAUAUUAAUAAAAAAUUAUAUGGAU